GGGGUAUGGAUCUUUAUGAGGCAAGAACUCAGGGACAGCGGUUUUAGCAAAACAAGAAGUUCAAGAUGGCGGUCGGGAUGCAAGCCAAGAACUCCGUGGUCCUCUCCUCUGUUCUGCUUCAGCUGGUAUUCUAUAUCACAGGCGUCUACUACAUCUUCUACUUCCUGUCUUCUGUCAGCCUUAUCAUCUACAAGAGCUAUGUGCUGAGCUACCCUAAUGGGAACAUUGCUGUGGACCUGUUCCUGCUGAUCGUCAUGGCUGUGCUGGAGGGCCUGCGUCUCUACUGGGGCACGUGUGGUAACCUGACGGAGAGUGAGGGCUACAUCAGCAUGACCCUGGGCUCCACCGUGGGCUCCGUCAUGCUGGCCGUCUACUUCCUGGUGUGGCAGUCCUACGUGCUGCGUGCCGACGUCAUCAUCAAUGCCAUCCUGCUGGCCGGCUACGGCCUCAACGGCCUGCUGGGGUUCUUCACCUUCGCCCACUUCAGCAGUGUCUACACCUGAGAAGGUCCCCCGGCUUCCCAAGAUGCCCUCUGCUGAGGUGCUGAAGCAAUAUGGACAGGCCUGACACUCACCCAUGUGUCCAGAGAGAGAGAGAGAGAGAGACGUGUGUUUAGGGUGUCUAAAGAUUAGAGAGGCUCUCCUAAGUGAGAGGAAGUCGUCAGAAGGGCCAAUGCUGUUGAGGUCUUUUGUGAAGUGAUGCGAUACAUAAUUAAUAUGGCUGGGCUCGCCAAGUCCACUGGCCAAACGACUUACUUAUUUAUAUGUUUUACAGCAGUCUAAUCUGUGCUCACCACAAGAGGAGGAUGGCCUUCAGGGUGGAGCUGAGCCUAUGGUGGGCCUAUGGCUUCUUCUAACAAGCCUGAUUUGAAAAAUGUCCUUUUGAUUACAAACCUUUAGUCAGACCAGGUGAAGCGGUCCUGGAGAACUGUGUCCAGUAGUACCCAGAGUGGCCUGCAGGAGGUGUGAGAGACUGAGAUUGAGUCUGGACAUCAGAUCUGUGUUUUUUUAAGGCAUGAAUCUGUAAAUCAGAUCUGUGUCUUUAUGGGAAAUCAUACAACAGUUGGGUCUGGUUGGUGCCUAUGGCCGAAUCACUGCAGUGGAAAUAUCCUUUACCAGCCCCAGUCUCACUGGUGUCCCACGGCUCAAAUAAAUACAUUUCCCAUGGAGUGGUUUUAAACUGAUCAUCGUGUUGCUUAAUACAUUUCCCAUGAAGUGGUUUUAAACUGAUCAUUGUGUGGCUCAAAUAAAUAUAUUUCCCAUGAAGUGGUUUUAAACUGAUCAUUGUGUGGCUCAAAUAAAUAUAUUUCCCAUGAAGUGGUUUUAAACUGAUCAUCGUGUGGCUCAAAUAAAUAAAUUUCCCCAUGAA